AUGACCACUCCAACCUUGAUCAACCUUCCUCCUCCUCCCUCCGAUCCGGUGACUCCAUCUGAGAUGGGACCCGGAACCCCCAAUUCCACCACCACGUCCCUCUCCGCGCUCUCCACCACCGCCAUCAAAGACGGCCACCAAGGCCAACCCUUCCCCCACGGCCGCCAUGGGCACCACUCCUCCAACGCCUCCAUGAGCUCAACCACGACCCUCGAAGCCGAGCGCGCCGAUCGCAUCUCCCGCCUAGCCGGUCUAGAGCGGGUGGCUACCGCACGGGCCGGCGGCGCACAUUCCACCACUGGCCCGUCCUUCCCAUACACCCCGGGAUACUUUGACACCGGCGCCGGCCUGAAAGAGAGAAGCACCGUCGGAAGCGCCAGCGCAACAGGCAGCGUGGAUGCUCGGACUACAUGGGCCAGCGGGAGCGAUGCCUUUGAUGCGGACAAAAUGAGCGAGGCGGACGACGGCGUUUCGAGCGUCGGCAACCUCAGCGACGAGGGGGAUGCCAGUCUCGUUGGGUUCGGCGAGGGCGCAAGCACCAUGAGCGGACCGAUCUCACAUCCUGGAAUUGGUCGGGCGUCGUCGAGUGGAAGGCCGAACAGCUCCCUUGGGAGCCCGAGACAGAACCGCGCGAACCCGGUGACAUCCUACUCGCCACAUACGGGCUCUGCUACUCCUGAGCCGACCCAGGAUGCGCGUAUGGUGGAUGGAAUGACCUUCGAUCCUGACGUGGUUGACACUACGGCGCGGACCCCGAGAAUGGCCACUCCGGGCUCUGAGAACUUUCCCAGCGAACGGUACUGA